CUAGUGGGUACUGCCACAACUGCGAGGCCCAAAACGAUCGUCUUCAGCCGCAUCUCUGCUGCUGAUAUAUACUCGAUCCCGCGUCCUCCGCCACCAUGUUACAGUUCAUCUGGUCAUUAGCUAUUCGCGGAGAGCAAAACGGAAAGUGGGAAACAUCCACACCUCGUCCGUAACCUCGUUUUACGCCUACCUCGUUUUACGCCUACCUCGCUUCUCGAGACAUAGUGCCUCAGCUACACAGCACGAGGCAGAGUUACGAGGAUCGAAAGUGCACGCAGUGUCGGUCUGAACCUGUCUUUGACCUUGCAGCGGUAGACUAGAGUGAUGCGGCUGCUCAAUACGGGGACGUUGACAUUCGAAACAUUCUACGACGAGCAGACGCCGCCCUACUCUAUUCUGUCUCAUCGCUGGACUGCGGAAGAGGUCUCAUAUGUCGACUUCAUUGCUGGGAACAAAAGGGACCAUGCCGGGCACAAGAAGGUCCUCGAAGCUUGCCGCUUAGCAAAGUCGCAGUCACACACAUGGAUCUGGAUCGAUACUGUGUGCAUCGACAAGACAUCGAGCGCUGAACUCACCGAGGCCAUUAAUUCAAUGUAUCAAUACUACGCGGACGCCCGAAUCUGCUUUGCAUAUCUGAAGGACGUCUCGCCAGGUUUGCCCACUCAGCAAACCAACGAUGCCUUGCAGGGCAGUGAAUGGUUCCGACGCGGCUGGACAUUGCAAGAACUGCUAGCACCCAAAGAAGUGCUAUUCCUCGAUGCCUCUUGGGCGGCAUUUGGGUCCAAAGCUCAACUCUCAGCUGUCAUCCACCGAGCCACGGGCGUUCCGGAAUGGUAUUUACAUCGUCCUGAUCAGAUCCCUUUUGCCUCGGUGGCGGCGCGGAUGGCCUGGGCUGCAGGUCGCCAGACGACGCGCAGUGAGGACGUUGCUUACUCGCUUCUGGGUCUGUUCAACGUUAACAUGCCUCUUCUGUACGGUGAGCGAGGCAGUCGUGCAUUCUUCAGACUACAGCUCGAAAUUGCAAAAUCUACAGACGAUGAAAGUAUUUUUGCCUGGACUUCCCCUUCGAAUCAGCCCUGUGGCAUGUUUGCUCCCAGUCCAUCGGCUUUUGCAGGAUUUGCCAAUGUUAAACCUCUCCCGUUGGACCCCGAGGAUCGGCUACCCUGGAAGUGGACGCACAAAGGCCUAGAGCUGCAUCUCGCGAGUCCUCUAAACUCAAGUUCGACCAUGAAAAUGGGCAACACCUUCUACGAUCAUACGAAGACUGGAGAUAUGCACAAGGUCGUAACUCUGGGCUGCUUCAAGAGUGAUGUCGAAGUCGACAUGCGAGAUGCCAAAGCUGUCAAAAAGGUCAGCAAAGGCAAUGUGAUCUGCAUCGAGCUGCAAAGGAUCGGAACUCGAUGGAAGAGAAUUAAUGCCCAACAGGUAUUUUUAGCUAAGGAUUUUGAGCGAUAUACCAGCUCGUUUUUCGGAAGCCCGGUCACGCAGAAGGUGUAUUACGUUGCCCAGUGAACGCCAAAUGCCUGUAAUGCUCCUCUCUGACCAGUCCCCCGAAGACGGAUCAUCUCUUUGCAGAGCGAUACUGCCGGCG